GACGGCCACGAUCCAAUCUCUCAAACUCCAAUACCCAAAACUUUUCUUCUCAUUCCCUACCGUCCGAUGAUUCUCACCUUAAAACCGCACCUUUCCUCCAUAGUAAGAAGAGAAACAGCUCGGUAGCGAGGGAGGGGAGGAACUGAGGAAGGGUAGGAAAAAAGAAAAACUGAGGAAUAGAAAACAAGGGAAAGGAAAAGAGAGAAAAUGGCGGAGCACUUGGCUUCGAUAUUUGGUACGGAAAAGGAUAGGGUCAACUGCCCGUUCUACUUCAAGAUUGGCGCUUGUCGUCACGGAGACCGGUGCUCUCGUCUCCACACCAAGCCCAGCAUCAGCCCGACUCUCCUUCUCUCAAACAUGUACCAGAGGCCCGACAUGAUCACCCCCGGCGUCGACGCCCAGGGUAACCCCAUCGACCCCCGCAAGAUCCAAGAACAUUUCGAGGAGUUUUAUGAGGAUUUAUUUGAGGAACUGAGCAAGUAUGGUGAAAUUGAGAGUCUGAAUAUAUGCGACAACUUGGCUGACCAUAUGGUAGGCAAUGUGUAUGUUCAGUUUAGAGAAGAAGAACAUGCUGCAAAUGCGCUCAGGAAUCUUAGUGGAAGAUAUUAUUCUGGCCGUCCUAUCAUUGUUGACUUCUCACCUGUGACUGACUUCCGUGAAGCCACCUGUAGGCAGUAUGAAGAGAACACUUGCAAUCGUGGUGGAUAUUGCAAUUUCAUGCACCUGAAGACAAUCAGCAGGGAGUUGAGGCGCCAGUUGUUUGGGAGGUAUAGAAGGAGGCGAAGCCAUAGCCGAAGCAGAAGCCCUCCAAGGCAUCGUGGUAGCCAUGAGGAACGCUCUCAUGGCGGGCGUGGCCACAGUAGACGGUAUGAUGAUAGAGAUCAUUAUCAUGAAAGCCGGAGCAAAAGGCAUAGAAGCACUAGUCCUGGCCAUAGGAGAGGACGGAGCAGAAGCCCUGGGGGAAGGAGAAAUCGUAGUCCAGUUCGUGAAGGCAGUGAGGAGAGGCGUGCGAAAAUUGAGCAAUGGAACCAUGAAAGGGAACAAGAAAAUGCUAACAAAGUUGAUAAUGAUGCUGCCAAUAAUAACAAUGAGAAUGGUGACAAUGGAUAUGCAAAGAAUGAUGAUAAGUACUAUGGACAUCAGCAGCAGCAGCAGUAGCCUCCAUAACUGGGAGGCCAUUGACAAUUAUUAAAUUACUUUGUCUGGUUUGUCUCUCUAUCUUUUUCUAUCAUUAUUUUCAUAUUUUGCUUUCUCAGUAGAAGAAGAAAUAUUUCUACUAAGACCAAGCAUCCUGUAAAUAUAGCUUACAGCCCAUUUUCCACUGUGCAGGUGGUGUGCAGGUUCACAAUUCUUUGAUAUGGAAUUUGAAAUUUGUUUUACCUUUUUCUUUUAGUUCCAUGCCUUUUACAACUCUGUUCAUAAUGCUUGAUUGUGUGCUUAACUUCAUCAUUAUUUUUGAAGAUUCUACCUUUUCUGUCCUUUCUCUGAUACAGCCUUCCAAUUAAAUUCACUAGACUAUGGCCUGUGCGUUGCACAUGGGCCUCUUUCUACUUGUUUUUUUCUUUCUCUUCUGACCUCUAUUUUUCUUGCCUUUUCUCUUUUUUCCUGUGCUCUCCACGUGGCUAGAGGGGUAGCCCCUUUGUGGGUUCCUUUUAAGUAUGUUAUAUAUUUUGGAUCUAAUUGUUUUUGCUAUUUUUCUUCUCACUUUGUUUACAAGUUUUACCAUAUUUUGUCUCAACGAUUCUUUCCCUGCUAUUACUAAGUUUUGUCAACAUGGGCACUGAAGUUGGCUAUGUCUGUCUGCUAGUCAGAUGAGGUUUUAAGCAACACAAUUUUUCAUUUUCCUCACAUGAAUCUCUUGUUAUGGCCUUGAUCUUUUGUUCCUUUCAAUUUUAAUUUCGAAAAUUUUACGGUUCCUUAGAAACCAUUAGAUUUAACAUCUCGUUCUACUCAUUCCAGAUUUUAGUAGGAAUUGGGAGGAUAUAAUCCUAGACAUAGGUCAAGUCUUUGGGAACUAUUGUCUUCUGCAUUUUGUUUAUAGCUUUAACCUUUAGUAUUAGGCAAAUGCAUGCAUGAAUUCUUCUUUGUGCAUUGUAAGUGUUGUGUGGAUGUGUGCAUUCAUGAAUUUACAGUCAGGUACCGUGUGACCACCGCACUUCUGGGCUAUUGAACGAUAUUCAUGGUUCUAAAUUGGGUUUUGUUCCCUAUGAUCUCUUUCUCUAUUUCAUACACUUAAUUUACUGCAAGGAAAAUCUGUUAUCUUAUCAACAUUAUUGAGUUUUGCAGGUUCAGGUAAUCCUGCUUCUCGGGACCAAGCCAUCAUUUUAAUUGCAGCUUAUCAUGGAAUUUGUGUACAGGUUGUCGGUGCUGUGCUAGAGAAACAGGUUAAAAGGGUAUGUCAGGUUUAACUUGUAGAAGAAACAAGAAAGCGCCUGCAGCCUCUUCUCAGCUCUACUGCAAGGUAUAGGUGUUGUGGGUGUCUUACGGACGAGCUAGGAGUGGUUUCAGUGAGGCCCUGAGUUGCUGGGCUUUCUAUUUCUUAUUUUGAUCUUAACUUAACUGGUGUUGUAUUGUUGGAACGUGAUACAUGUUUGGGGUUAAAAGACUUUAAAAGGAUUGCCUUUUACUAAAUAAGAUACGCAACUCAUUGCUAUAAAGUCUAGUAUUUGCCUUUAAUUUUUCCU